GUUAGCACUUGCCCUAUGGCCGUAAAAAUGGGAGGGGCUCGUAGGGAAGUUGCGCUUCUCAGCCCUCGACUUCCAGCUUUCCGCCUGAUAUGUGAUCGUUACUUUUUGUACUCCUUUUACUCCGUCACUCUGUCAACCCUAUCAAUCAAUACAUAUAGCACACCAAAGCAGCAAGUUUUCUUUUCUGAGCCUUGCCCGCCCAAUAAGCAACGCAUCGCUGCGCUUGCUAGACUGGCGACCCGGCUAUACUUCCCGGGAUAUCCAACAGUUUGCUUCUUCGGCGGCCUGGCGCUCGUUCUUACUACGUCAUACGCAUCGGUCACGGACAAUGGCCAAGGCCAGACUCAAUCUCAGGACGCGUUUUGACGCGCCCCUACUGCGUUUCGCUGAAUCCGGCCCACCUAAGAAGUGGGCAAAGCAAUGCAAUGGCGUACCUCGCUGCGCCUUUGUGCCCCUCCGUGUGCCACUCACCCUGCUUAUCAGCACAUUACUGUACUGGCAUAUGGGGGGUUUCAAGGCAUUCCUCGAUUGCCCACCGUAUCUCUCGCAUUAGUCUACAUGUAUGUCUUCUU